AUGCAAUUCACCAAAGCCCUCGCCAUUCUCUCCCUCGCUGCCACUGGCCUCGCCGCUCCCACCGUCGAAGUCGCCAAGCGUACUAAUGGCAUCUCCUGCGCUCAGAGCCAAGGAACUCUUGCUUGUUGUCAGCAGAAGCCAGUCUUGCAACCUGUUUCCUCUCUCGGCGCCAACAUUGCCCCAACUCUCGGAGGUAUCUUGGGUGUCAUCCCCGACAUCCUGCCAUUGAUCGUCCCCACCGUCUCUGUUGCAGCUCAGUGCGUUGCUAUCAUUGCCGAGGUCGAAGCUUGCGCUACUCCCAACAUCUGCUGCUUGUCCUCAUCUUCAGGAAAUACCAACAGCGCUGGCCUCAUCCAACUCCUCUCCAACGACGACAUCUCCGUCUGCCCCGGUGUCACUGUCUAAACGCGCACCCUCUUUCUACACUUCUUCCUUUCACGCCCAUCCACUAAAGCACCAUCUUGGGUACAUACAUCAUGGGUUCACUGUUCGCAACAUCAGGAUAGGGGAGGCAACAUGGGAGUUUCGCUCAGUUCAGUAAUUGGCUUUGGAUUUGAGUUCUGGACGAUGGGAAAGAAGACGGUCUCAUUCAACAUUGGACUUUCUUUCUGAGCUCAUCAGUGGUUUCUUAACUUGUCAUUG